UUUAAUGAUCACAGUGUUUUUUUUCGGUUAGUAGCUCGUCCAAUACAUCUUUCCUUAGGGGAAAGUGAACGAAAAGUAACGCAAGCUGAUUUUUUUUAAAUGUGCAUUGCUAAGUUUUUUUUCAGUUACUAAAUUAAGCGGAAUCCCAGAUAUUUGACAUCUUUUUACUCAUGUUUUAAUAUAUUUCAAUGCCUUUUUGUAAAUUGGUGGCUCGUCGAAAGUAAAAAACACCAUUGCUGUCGUCCUCUUCAUUGGAAGAAAAGCAACAUCGAAAAGUACUUUUCACCAACUCUUAACAUAUAUUUUUAAUGAUUUAUUGCGUAAUAAAGAAGAUCCCUUUCACGUGGUUAAUUUUCACUGCUUACUCCGCGCAGAGGCAUGAAAAGGAAGUAAAACUUUAUUAGGAAACACGACUGAUAAAUUUUUUCAAACAAAGAUGAAGGCCGCCGAUCGUAUCGAAGUCCAUGACGUCUUAGACUGAAGGAGCUUACGUAAUCUCAAGGACAACUCUUAGAAAAGGAGUCAAGAACACUUAAUUGAUAUCAGUCUGAGAUAUUUUCUGAAAAGGAAUAAGUUUCUUCGUAGUAUUAUCGAUCAUAUGCUCGAAAAUAUUGCAGUGUUUUUGCCGAACCUUGGACUCGCUCGUACACUCUAUUUGAGAGACUGGGCUCCACUUUCUCCUAACCAAAACAGUCAUACGGCUCUUCUGUUGUGAUCAGAAGCCAGGCUCUAGAAGAAAGUUGGUAUUGAAGUUUAGCUGCCGUAAGAGCCUCUUUUACAGCAAAAUCACAAUGAAACUCUCCCUGCUUAUCUCUUUGCUACUUUUCGUAUGUCCACACCUGGCAGAAAGUUCAGGAUCUUGGACAUACCGCGACCCGGAGGGGCCCAACACGUGGAAACACCACUUCAAGGAUUGCGGAGGUUAUGAACAGUCUCCGAUAAACAUUGUACCAAAAGAUACUCUUUUCGAACCGGGGCUUGCCGAUCUCGUUGUCAACUACGAGAACAAUGUUUCUGCCAAGCUAUUCAAUAAUGGACAUACCGUUCAGGCGACUUUUUUAACCGGCAAGUCCGAUAUUUCCGGUGGAAAUCUGACUUCGGGUUUUCGCGCUCUACAAAUGCAUUUUCACUGGGGCAGCAAGAAUUCGCGCGGUUCAGAGCAUCAGGUCGGUGGAAGAAAAUUUCCCUUGGAAAUACAUAUUGUACACUACAAUGCGGAAAAGUACCUUAGCGCAUCGGAGGCUCUGAAGAAGGGAGAUGGCUUAGCAGUUUUGGGAAUAUUGGUCGAACUUCAGGCUCAAGACAACCCGGUUUUCAGUGGGAUAGUGGAUAACCUUGAGAAAGUUCGUUAUAAAGACAACGAAAUAAUUUUGCCUUAUCUUCAGCCUUUUUCAUUCUUACCACACGACAUUGCUCAAUAUUACACUUAUAGAGGCUCGCUUACAACUCCUGGAUGUUAUGAAAGUGUGCAGUGGUUUGUGUUCAAUCACACUUUUCCUAUAUCACAAGUUCAACUGGAUAAAUUCAGAGAUCUUUUUGACGGUGUAAAACAAAACACAAAGAAAUUGCCCUUGGGCGACAAUUAUAGACCCGUCCAGCCUCUACAUGCGAGAUCUGUCAUCCGAAGCUUUAAGCGCCCUCCAUUUCCAUGUGGCAAGACAUCAAAUAACACUUUGGAUUGCUUGGGAUUCGCUGAUGACAAGGCAGUAUUUUAUGAAGCGACAGUCAAUAUGUGCACUCAACCAGCCACAGUAACCUUAAGAGUUUCUCAACCAGAGAUCAAUUUUAAUUAUGUUGGAACUUUUUACAAAAGUGUCAACCCCCCUAUGCAAAUAGGAGAUCUUGAUUAUGCAUUCAGUGUGGAAAUGCAUACUGACCUAAGUCAGAAAAAUGAGGAAACUUUGCGUCUCUCAAUUAUUCAAGUACAUCCACUGUCGACAAAGUACAGAGAAGAACUGGUAACUGCAAGUUUCAAGGAAGAAAUUUGUCAACUAGGAAGUUGUUCUCUUAUGGAGGAGGAUGGAUCUUCCUGUAACAAGCAUUGGUGUGAGCACAUUCCUAUUGGCAUUGGCAAAGAUACCCAUUUCAUUGGCGUGUCUUCCACCUUCCAUGACAUGUCAACUGACAAUCCUUCAGUUAAUGUUAAUUUUUAUCGCAACGAGUCUGGGAAAUGGCAUCGUACUGCCUCAGAAAAAUUUACCAAUGAUGAUGAAAAGAGGGUUCACUUAUUUGGGACAUUUGUGACCAGUAAGGAGCAUGCACGGAAGCGAAGAAUGGCUGGAGGAUCUGAAGAGUGGGAGUUUGUAACCUUCAAAGCCAAGAUUGGCAAAAUGGCAGAUAAAGUUUCUUACCAGCUGUUUAUGGUGCCCUCUGAGAGACUAUAUCACAAAGUUAUAAAGGACGAAUUCUCACUGGACUGUGAAAAGCAUUACCCAACUCCAACUACAUUGGACUACAAAAGUAAGAUUGCUAUUGUGGCCUCAGUGGUGUCAAUGGUGGCGUUACUUGCGGGUGGUACUCUGGCCAUGUUUUACUGUAAGAGGAAAGAUUUGAGGCGUGGCAGCCGCCAUAGGCCUGCACUGAUCGAAGAAAUGGAUGAUAAUAGAUUGUGAACUUAGUGAUGAAAUCUGAUGGUGCUGGG